AUGCGUACUAUCAGCAUCGUCCUAGCUAUUGCACUUGCCAGUGUUGCUCAAGCAAUCAGUCGCGCAGACCCGCCGUAUUUCCCUGCAAACUGCAAAGCACCCAGCGUCACUCCCGAGAUUCGUGAUCUCCCAGAACGUGACUUUUUCGGCAGAAAGGUUUACCUAUGUGUCAAGGUUGGAGAGACCUGCAAGGCCUCUAAGGACUGCACGCGCCCCCCAGUCUCCGAGUGCCACAAGGAAAGAACCGAUCGGAAAAGCGUUUUCGCUGGGUAUGCGACAUGCAUUGACGGUUUCUGUCGCAUUAUCUCAGACAAGAAAGAAUCUCCUUGCGAUUGUCUUGCUGGUUGUGAUCUUAAGGACUUCGAUCGCGAUCUGAGUUGCAUUGAGGGCAGGUGUAAGGCUGCUGAAUGCGCACCAUGUGGCGAAUUUCCUAACAAUCGUGCCUGCUGCGCCCCGGGAGUAAAGGGCCAGGAUGGCAGAUGUUUCUGUGGUACUGGCGCCGGAGAAGGAUGCGCAACAAAUCGGGAACAGUGUGACUCUGGGGCUUUCAAUGACACAUGCUGCGGUAGGGGUACAGACAACGAGGGCAAAUGCUGCGCUUCGGGCUCUUGCAAUGGUCGGUGUUUGCAUCAGCCGAAGUAA